UGUUGCUGCCGUAGCCGGACAGCAGCACGGAGAACCAACACAGAGGGGAUGAUCUCUUUAUAUUUAUAAACCCAUAUCAACGUUAUAUCUCCACAAAAUGAAGUUUCCCUACUCAUAGAUCCGUGGAAUAUGGUGAGGGGAAGGUGUCUCAUGCUGCAUUAGUGGAAUAGUGACAUGCUGGCCUGUCUGCCAGCAUCAGGUGACCCUACCAUCAGACUUCUCUCCCGCACGCAGAUGAACACUGGACUUCAGAAAUGGGAAACUACACAGAAGAUGAGAUCUGCCAACUAUCCAACCCCAGCAGAGUUGGAUGCCUAUGCUAAGAAAAUUGCCAACAACCCUCUUACUAUCCAGAUUUUCCCUAACAGUGUCAAAGUACCUCAGAGGAAGCACAUUCGCCGCACAGUAAACGGUCUUGACACAUCUUCGUCCAGUCAGCGACACAGUCCGUACCCCUCUCAGGUCAGCUCCGGUAGGGGCCUUCUGGCUGUCCUGCGGGCACCAGCGAAAGGUGUCAUCAAAGAUUUAGACGGAAGCCGCACCCGGCAGCUUCACAAAGCAGUCAUGAACCCUCACAGUGGGCCAUAUGCCCCUCAAAGCACUUUAAAUCUCCCUCAGCCUGUUCCUCACCUACCGGGCCCAUCGAACCCUGGGGCCCAGGCGGCCCAGAAGCAGGGCAUGGUGCACCCACAGGUGCUUCAGCAACAGCAAAGCUUGUCUCAUCCAAUGACUUUACAGCAGCCUCAAACUUUGCCUCACCCGCAGGCUUUGCAGCAAAGGAUGGCUCAUCCACAGGGUCUGCAGCGGCAACAGAGCUUGUCCCAGGUUCAGACUUCACAGCAGCAAAGAUUGGCUCUCCCACAAGGCAUUCAGAGGCAGCAGAGUCUGCCUCACACUCAGGCUCUACAGCAACAGCAGAGUCAGACACGUCCACCAGUGGUGCCGCAGCAGCAUCUUUCUCAUUUGCAGACACUAAAGCAUCAGUCGGCCCCUCCGCAAGCUUUACUCUCGCAACAAGGAGUGACUCAGGACCUGCGCCACAUUUCUGAUGGAGCUCAGCUUUCAAGUCUACAGCACACCCAGGGCCAGGGUCUGGUUAGCUCACAGCCCCUUCCCCAGGCUGUGGGUGCAGGACCUCCUACCAUGCCUAAUAGCUUACAGCAGCAGCAGCCCCCACCUGGGGCGUAUGGACCCCGGAAGCUCCCUGACGCAGACGCCCCACCAAAUGUUACUGUAUCUACCUCCACCAUCCCACUGUCCAUGGCGGCCAGCCUGCAUCAGAACAGGCCUGGUGACCUGAGCAGCAUCGUGCACCAAAUCAACCAGUUGUGCCAGGCACGGGCUGGCAUGGGCAACACCUCAGUAUGUGAGGGACAGAUCGCAAAUCCAAGCCCCAUCAGCCGCAACCUGCUAAUCAACGCCAGCUCAAGGGUGUCCUCUCACCACCCGGGUCUGGGCUCUGUGCCCAACUGUCUCAUGGUGGGACCCCCAGACAAAGCUACAGCUCAGACUUCUAGUGCUACUCUCCAUUCACAGCCCACUAUAGCUUCUAACAAUAGUAUACCUGCCUUUCACACAGACCCAGAGAAGGUACACCUGCAGCAGCAGCAGCAGCAGCAACAACACCAACAUCAACACCAACACCAACAGCAGCAGCAGCAGCUUCAGCACCAUUUACAUCAGCAGAAACAACAGCAGCAACAUUUACAGCAGCAGCAACAUUUACAUCAACUACAGCAGCUGCAGCAGCAGCGCUCCUGGGCUCAGCAUCAACUGGCCCACAUGCAGCAGCCUCCUGAAGGGGCCCAUCCAUGCAAGAACCCAAGGAUGGAGCCUCCAACCGAGUGUUCUUUUCCGUCUGGGAACCUCAACUAUCUUCACAAGCUACCAAACGCAGCACAGUCUUUUCCUCUAAAACACCCUGCAGAAAAACCAAGACCAUCAUCGCCUAGUAACUGCCCUGUGGGUUCUAUGCCUUACAUUAAUGGCCACUACAUGCCGCCAUCAUGGGGCAACAUCCCAGCCACAGCAGGAAACAACGGAUCAGGCCCUCAGGACCACCCAGUGGCUUUCCAGGGAGGGCAAGCUGCUGCCACCACUGAACGCAUCCCAGGAGCAAAGUACCGACCAGGAAAGGAAGGUCAUUCUGGCCAGUCCAAGUUGAUGCAGAAUGUGGAUUUCUUAGGAGGGGACUUCCAGAUACCCAGCUUUCAGGAGCAGAACAUGGAUGCGAUGCAGAAGAUGCACAGGUCAGCCAUGGGCCAAGUUCAGGACCCUAACAACGGUGGAGGUCUCCACAGUCAUCACCCAGGCUACCGCUAAAGCGGGCACUUUCCUCCCAUGGUGUGUUUUUGAGUUUUUUCUCAAUAGCUACUUUCAGCUACUGUGUUUUAUUCUUUAAGAUCUUGCAAGUGAUCAAUUCCAAUCUAAUGCUCCAGAGCUUGAUUUGUAGACCCACCAGGUUGUGAUAUUUCAAAGUAUUCCUCAGGUCUUGAGCCAUGUCAUACCUUUUGUUGCAGAUGAAGGGUUUUUAGAGAUUGUUAUCCACUGUUGAGUUGGAUUUUUCUUUCAUCACUGGCAUGGAUAUGCUGCUCUUUGUUCAUGUGUAUAUAUGGUGUUCUUAAAAAUUAAUUUGCCGCUGAGAAUAUGCUUGCCAUGAUUGUCACAGUGCUUUUCCUAGGUUGACAUGGAACAACUCAACUUUUUUCAGCAUUUGUGGCCUUACAACUGCCCAAAGGCAACAUUUAGGAUGUCCUUGUAUCAUGUCUUUUAUUUGCAUUUAUUUAUCAUCUUAAUAGGUUUGUGAUCCAUUUUAAUAAGAAGGUUACAUUUAUAUGCAAUUAAUAAGACUGUUGAUGAGGUUUUUGUCCCUGAACCCUUCUAGAGUUCAAGGGUAUGUCUGUUAAUGGGCAUCGGUGAGAGCCAAAACACUAUCAGGAAUUCAACAUGGCUUCUGAUACUGCACCAUGACUGGUCCUGUUAGUUUUCACAUGGGUCCAUGGGUGAGCAUGAGGUGCAAAAACAGCUGACUUUCACUGUUAAACAGACCUUUAGUUAAAUCAAAAAGCGCUAGCAAGAAAAGCAUCAUUCUCGAUUUCUGUGAUUCAUAAAACUUCGGAAAUAUAAAGUAGUUAUUCUAGGUUUGGAAGGUCUGAAGUGCGCUUGUGUGUUAUAUUUAAAAUAAUGCUUUUGAAGUAGUUAUUCUUUUAUUACAGUUUUUGUCUUAUUUCUUUUAGAUGGUCCUACUUGAACUGUAGAAAUUACUGUUUAAAUGUUAUCCCUAAUAUUUGGCAAAGGAGCAGAAUCUCCAUUAGCCCGUAGCUAAUGUGAAACAGAACGGCUUCCCAUUUAUAUUCAAAUGAUGUAUGUAUUUAAGUAUGUGAAAAGCAAAUUGAUCACUUGCAAGCAUGCAAGUACUUCAAAUAAUGCAAGGUGGGAACAUUGCUUAAUUUCCCCUCCGACACAUUUUCUCACCACUUUACUACUGUACUACAAGUGAACUGAUGUGAUGUGGACAAUAUCUGUGUGGCUUGUGGUGGGCUGUUCAUCUACUAAUCACUAGCCCUGCGUUGUAUUUCUGCUACCUAUAAAGAAAAAAAGUGAGAACGUUUAAUGCAGGUUAUGUGUUGUGAGAUGUGUCUAGCAUGAAGCUCUGGACCCAUUUCCUCCUCUAGUCUUUUUGGGUUUAUGUUGUCUGGACACGUAUUGGUUCUACAUCCUCAAUCCUUCUGGAAAAAAAGCCUUAAAUGUCAAAGAAGUAAUCUUCUACAUAAUAUUUAGCUGAACUGACUUUCUUUAGCAGGAUCCCACAUUCAGUAUGGCUUAACUGUGAGAAGGAGGGAAUUAUUCUUUUCUUCCAUUCAUUUGAAACCGGUUCUGCAUCUGUGCUGUCAGAUCAUUGGGCAGUGCUAGCAUGUCUAGCCACUGGGACUGGGAGCAAUGUUGCCCUAAAUUAAAAUGUAAAGGUAACAAUGCUACCCAUGGUGUUGAUAAAUAACCCAUAUUCUUGUCCAACAUGUUGCCUAUCAAGGAUUUAAGAUUUUAAGAGUGAACUAUGAAUAGUAUUUAGCAGAAUAAAUAGGUAUGUAGAACAGGGCUUGAGCAGUUAUUUUUAAAGUAUUUGGACUGUGUUUUAGUUGUUAUACUUAAUAAAUAUACUUAUUUAGUUUAAUUUAUUAUUUUUGGACCACUGCAUCCUGAAGCCAUAGGUGUUUUCACAUUAGGUGCCAUAGGUGACACAUAUUUGCGCAGACGGUGUAAACUGCAUUGUCUGCAUUCAUGGGUAAAAAAAAAAGGCUUGCAACCACGCUUUAAUCUGAUGUCUGUCACAUUGCUCAGAAUCUUUCCUCCUCAGAGUUUUUUCUCAGAAUACAGUACAGGUGAAAAGGGAGAAAAUGAGGCAUCAUCUUUAGAGAACAAGAUAUACGAUGUAAGCGAUAGCUUUUAUGGAUUUUGGUCUUCAUUCUCGAUGGCAGUUUUUUUUUUUUUCCCUGGCUCUCAUUUUUGAUGUGCCUGCCCCUUGAAGCUGCUAUUGACUUUAAUCUUAACACACACUAGUAUGGUUUGUGUGUGCAUGUGUAUGAAUAGUAAAUGAUAUAUGGGCUGUAUCAGUGAAAAUAAGUCCCUUUUUAUGGGAUGGGGGCAGGGUGAAAAGUCACAACUCAGAUGCUGGUGAAUUUGGUCAUUUUCUAUCAGGCUAUUCUGAAUAGAUAUUCACAGUGACAGUGAUUUUCAGAAGUCUGACCUACAGAAGCCUAAAGAAAUGACACCUGACAGGCCUGUUUUGGUUCCUUAAUUUUAAAAAUGAACACUAAACUACUUGACAGACCUGCCCCUUUUAUUUUGAACUGCCUCGUUACAGCCCGCAAAUAGUCAGGUUCUACAGUUUCAUAUGAAGUGCCUCCACUGGGCUUAGUAUGGAGAAGCGUGUGAACGAGUGCUUGCGUGUGUGUCUGUUAAGCUUGGGUACUUGCACACAGGUGUGCACGCUAACAAAGGUGCACAGAGUUAAUCUAUGAGGGGGACCAAGCUACUUAGUGUAACUACUGAUACUGUGUCAUGGACUGAAGUCCUGAAGUGUGCCACGAUUCCUAGACACUGUCGGGAUGUGUGAACUGUUUGCUGCUGACUCACUGACCAAAGUGACCAAGCGUCCCCUCUCUGUAACCACCCCGGCCAAAAGCCUCGGCAAGCUUGUAUUGGGGACUUUUGGUCUUCCAACAGUAAUAAGCAACAACCUGGUGACAUAAAGGAGAGCUGCUGCCCUCAUUUGGACGGUCAAAGAAAAUCUUGUGAAGUGUAAGUGUAAAGAUGUGAACAGAGAAUUAUAAAAUCUAGAGGGAGUUGUUCGUGCCUAAUCAUAUGACCCACAGUAGGAUUCAGAUGUUGUAAGCAUAACUUUAUUGUUUAAUUUUACAGUAUUAUCAGGCAGAGAAACUACGUCAAUGAGCACUGUAAGAAUCUAAUCUACUUAAGCACAUUGUAGCUCUCCAUGUCAGUCGACUGAGAUGGCAAUAUUUAUUUGGUCACAAGCAUUUAACAACUCUCUCUAGACUUAUUUUUGCUCCCAAUUAAUGGGUAUCUUUGAUUUUCAAAGAUAUUUCAUGUGAACAGUGGUGGAGGGGGGCUUACUUUCUCUACUUUGUGAAAUGUGAUAUUCCAGUUUUGCCUAACCUUCAGGAAUAAAAUGUCUUGCACAAACAUUCCCCCUAACCAAAAUAAAGUUUGCAAACACAAA